AUGGAAUACAAUAUAUCAACUUGGCCAUUCUUUUUCACUCCAUGGGAUCUAUUAAUAGGCUGUAGUGAGUUCAAUGUUAGCAGACAGUAUACAAGUAAACUUUUAUGUGAUGUUUCUAAUAUUGCUGGUGUAUUAUGCGCCUAUCUAUUACCAAUUAUAACUUUACUUAAUAUUCUAGCCAAUAUUAUAACAUGUGUUAUAUUUCUUUAUGGAUUUAAGCAUAAGACAAGACAAAUGGUUUAUUUAGGAUGCUUUUCUAUAGCUGACAUUUUUUAUUGUUUUAUACUUUCAAUUCUUUAUUAUAUCCCUUCAAGAGGUAUCCCAUAUGCUUCAAAUGCAGCUUUCUACUUUUUUAUUGACUAUCAAUCUACUUUUUCUUGUAUUGCCUAUAAAUAUUUAUUCUCAUUAGCGUGUAGUUUUAGAGGUAAUAUGUUAGUAUUGACUAUGCUUGAUAAAUUUCUUUCCAUUGAAAUUCCAAUAAGAUACGGUAAACUACCGACAAGAUAUGCAUGGUAUUUUAUAUUUAGCACCUUUAUAAUUACACAUGCAAUGAUUUUACCAGCAACUGUUCAAUUCACUAAAGUAUUUUUUGGUGGUAAAAUGGCAUGUUGGCUUAAAACAUUAACACUUGGUUGGUCUUUAUAUUAUGGUUUAAUAUCAGAUUUUUGUCUUAUUCAAACAACUACUAACGGUAUUCUAAGUUUAAUGUUACUCAUUAAAGUUUAUUUAUGGCUUCGUAGACGACGUAAAAUGACACAUGACAAAUCUGAUGAAAAUUCAAAGGAAUUAUCAGCGUGUAUUAUUCUAUUGUCUGUUUCAUCGUUAAAUGUAUUAUCAUCGAUACCAGGAGAAGUGGCCUACUUUCUACGUGCAUUCGUUGCUUUUGCAGAUGAUCCUGAUGUUGCUUUGCUUGGACUGAGAACUGCAUUAGCACUAAGAGAUAUAUUCUGGUGUCUUAUGCCAUUACAAGGUAUCUUCAAUACAAUUGUCUACAUGACUCGAUUAAGAAAAUAUCGAGAAUCGUUCAUAUCAAUCUUUACAUGCAAGAAAUUGAAUACUUUCAUGUCAGAUAUAUCAGAUUAG